AUGAAAAUGUUUUUGUUGCUGGUGGAACACGCAUCCUUUGGAGAUCAACGGAAUGCCACAUUUUCUCUUGCUGAGGAGGAUCAUACACUUGCAAAUGCCCUCAGAUUUACCUUGAAUCAAGAUCCACGGGUAAUAUUUUGUGGUUACAGCAUUCCUCAUCCUUCGGAUGCCCGGGUUAAUGUUAGAGUUCAAACGACAGAUGAGCCAUCAAGAGAGGUAUUGAAAGAUGCAUGCCAAGAUCUGAUGCUGAUGUGUCAACACAUAAGGAGCACAUUCGAUAAUGCGGUCAACGAUUUUAGAACGAAAAAUGCUCCUGAUAAUCAUCCUUCCGAGGACAUGGACUCAGAUUGAAGGUGAUCUUAAAUUUCUACAUGCACUUAAUAGAGCAAUCCUUUGUAUUUGUACCAUGCAAUUAUGCCGACAUACAAUAAGAUGGUCAUGAUGGUGCAAGCGACGUUGGUCCAUAUGAAGUCUUCCUGGGACCGAUUUGGGGGAUGCCAAAGUGUGAUGGAUAUGUUAAUGCCCAUCACGCCGGCGAGGACUAUGUACCCGCUGAUCACCAGAAUAGCAGUUGUUAUCAGCACUCCCAUCUGCAGAAGAUUGUUUUGUUUGUCAUCCAACAUGAUGUUAACAUAGUCCUCCGUGUCGUCGACGUACUCCCUCAGCUUUAAGAUCGGAAAAAAUAAGAAAAGGACUAACGAGUUUAGCUAUUAAUUCACAGCGAAAAGGUUGUUCAGUGUCUCUUUUUGGGUAUGUGCUUUCAUAAGAUAUUUAAUUUGUCAUCAGAGAGAAAGUAUGAGAUUCAUACUGUAGAGAGCUUGUUAAGUGUGCCA